AUGGACGAGAUGGCUGCCACUCAGAUUUCCAAAGAUGAGCUUGAUGAACUGAAAGAGGCCUUUGCAAAAGUUGAUCUCAACAGCAAUGGAUUCAUCUGUGACUAUGAACUUCAUGAACUUUUCAAGGAAGCCAAUAUGCCAUUACCGGGAUACAAAGUGAGAGAAAUAAUUCAAAAACUCAUGCUGGAUGGUGACAGGAAUAAAGAUGGGAAGAUAAGUUUCGAUGAAUUUGUUUAUAUUUUCCAAGAGGUAAAAAGCAGUGAUAUUGCCAAAACCUUCCGCAAAGCGAUCAACAGGAAAGAAGGGAUUUGUGCUCUGGGAGGCACUUCAGAGCUUUCCAGUGAAGGAACACAGCAUUCUUACUCAGAGGAAGAAAAAUACGCUUUUGUUAACUGGAUAAACAAAGCUUUGGAAAAUGAUCCCGAUUGCAGACACGUUAUACCAAUGAACCCAAACACCGACGACCUGUUCAAAGCUGUUGGUGACGGAAUUGUGCUUUGGGCCAUCAACAAGAAGAACCACGCCUCUUCAUCAUUCAGGGUGCGGCUGGUCUUCCUGUUCUCUUCAGGAAACUGCCAUGUGAGACCUCCAUUUGUAGACCAUGACUUCAACUCCUUUAAUAAGACAAACACCACGGUGAAGGUGGCUAGCAGCGAGAGGAAUUAUAUUUGUUCAAAUAUAGCCUUGGCCGCCUUACUUCGAGACGGGGAGACUUUGGAGGAGCUCAUGAAACUGUCUCCAGAAGAGCUUCUGCUUAGAUGGGCCAACUUUCAUUUGGAAAACUCGGGCUGGCAAAAAAUCAACAACUUUAGUGCUGACAUCAAGCUUAUUGACUUCAGUAAUUCAGUGAAGGAUUCCAAAGCCUAUUUCCAUCUUCUCAAUCAAAUUGCACCAAAAGGACAAAAAGAAGGGGAACCACGGAUAGAUAUUAACAUGUCGGGUUUCAAUGAAACAGAUGAUUUGAAGAGAGCAGAGAGUAUGCUUCAACAAGCAGACAAGUUAGGUUGCAGACAGUUUGUUACCCCUGCUGAUGUUGUCAGUGGAAACCCCAAACUGAACUUGGCCUUUGUGGCUAACCUGUUCAAUAAAUACCCAGCACUAACGAAGCCAGAGAACCAGGAUAUUGACUGGACUCUAUUGGAAGGAGAAACUCGUGAAGAAAGAACCUUCCGUAACUGGAUGAACUCUCUCGGUGUUAAUCCCCAUGUAAACCAUCUCUAUGCAUAUACCCUCAAUGUUCUGGAAGACCUUGGAGACGGGCAGAAAGCUAAUGAUGACAUCAUCGUAAGCUGGGUGAACAGAACAUUGAGUGAAGCUGGAAAAUCAACUUCCAUUCAGAGUUUUAAGGACAAGACGAUCAGCUCCAGCUUGGCGGUUGUGGAUUUAAUUGAUGCCAUCCAGCCGGGCUGCAUAAACUAUGACCUUGUUAAGAGUGGCAAUCUGACAGAAGAUGACAAGCAUAAUAACGCCAAGUACGCGGUGUCCAUGGCUAGAAGAAUUGGAGCCCGGGUGUAUGCUCUCCCCGAAGACCUUGUGGAAGUAAAGCCCAAGAUGGUCAUGACCGUGUUUGCAUGCUUGAUGGGCAGGGGAAUGAAGAGAGUGUAA